AUUGAGGAAAACAAAAAAGCGCAAGUAGGAACGGUCCUUGACUUGAGUAGUGGGUUAGUUGCCAAUGGCAGCCAAGUGGAGCGUUCAAAAUGGAGCACGGUGUAUCGACGAGCAACGGCGUCGGCAACGACGUCAACGCCCCGACGCCGAAGACGUCGACGAGUGCCGAGCCCUACUGCGACAAAUACUACUGUCUGCUGAAGCGGUACAACAGCAUACAGCGGCAAAACUACCACCUCAUGUACCGGAUACAACGGGUUAAGAAACUUACGGCGCGACUCAACAAAGAAAAAAGGUUUUUGAUCCAGAGGCUCAACAACUACAAGCAAGAAAAGCAUACUGCGAUGCCUCAGUAUCCUGUGGACGAGAGGCAAUACAGACGGGUAAAGCAAGAGCCCGUGGAGCCGAUGCCUCAUUACCCGGCCAGUGAAUAUUCAUCUAGGAAGCGCAAGGAAAAGUGCCCCAAGGCCAGUUGACAUCUGCCGGAGAACAUUCCUUAGUUUUAAACACUUGGUGCGCCCGGGCAGCCUCCAAGCCUCUGAAACAGUCGACGUUGUCAAGAGACGCCUCCGAUCAAGGUGGCAGACGUCUGCCGCCCCUUUUUAACUAAUUGUGGUGUUUGUUGGUGUCCAACCGUGAACCCUGCAUGUCCCAUCGUGCACCGUAUUGACGACAGAUGUUUUCCCUGCAGCCAAACAUCGUACGAGGUGAAUUGUGUCCGAUGUAUGCUCGUUUAAAUAAAUUAAAAUGGUCUUGCA